GGAGCGGCCGGUUCCACCUCCUCCUCCCAGCAGCCACACCGUUUCGCUGAGAGCUUUUCUUCUCAGCAGCAGCAGCGGGAUCUUCUGACUGCACACACCGGACACUGAUUACGUUAAAGAGCCUCUCACGGCUGGACGAACACGGACUGUUUCCUGGCUCGUUUAUCCCUCCUCACCUCUUUGAUUUGGGCCUUUUUUCCUUUCACCGGUUUUGUUUUUUGUUUUCCGAACCUGUGACAGUUUGUCCGUGGCGCACCGAGGUUUGCUGUGCUGACAUGGUAGAUUAUCACGCUGCCAACAACCAAUCUGCCGGCGGGGUACAAACAUACAUGGAGCAGGAGAACGACUGGGACCGGGACCUUCUGCUGGACCCGGCCUGGGAGAAACAGCAGAGGAAGACGUUCACGGCCUGGUGCAACUCCCACCUGCGGAAAGCCGGCACGCAGAUCGAUAACAUCGAGGAGGACUUCAGAGAUGGGCUCAAACUCAUGCUGCUGCUGGAGGUCAUCUCAGGCGAGCGGUUACCAAAGCCGGAGCGAGGCAAGAUGAGGGUGCACAAGAUCAACAACGUGAACAAAGCUCUGGACUUCAUCGCCAGCAAGGGAGUCAAGCUGGUGUCUAUUGGAGCAGAGGAAAUCGUUGAUGGAAACGCCAAGAUGACCCUGGGAAUGAUCUGGACCAUCAUUCUCCGCUUUGCCAUCCAGGACAUCUCUGUUGAAGAGACCUCUGCCAAGGAGGGUCUCCUCCUGUGGUGCCAGAGAAAGACGGCUCCAUACAAGAACGUGAAUGUUCAGAACUUCCACAUCAGCUGGAAGGACGGUCUCGCCUUCAACGCUCUGAUCCACAGACACAGACCCGAUCUCAUCGACUAUGAUAGCCUCAGAAAGGAUGAUCCCGUAACUAAUCUGAACAAUGCCUUCGAGGUGGCUGAGAAGCACCUGGACAUCCCCAAAAUGUUGGACGCUGAAGACAUUGUGAACACUGCUCGUCCAGAUGAGAAAGCCAUAAUGACUUAUGUGUCCAGUUUCUACCAUGCAUUCUCUGGAGCACAGAAGGCCGAGACAGCCGCCAAUCGUAUCUGCAAGGUGCUGGCUGUCAACCAGGAGAAUGAACAAAUGAUGGAGGACUACGAGAAGCUUGCCAGUGAUCUGCUAGAGUGGAUUCGUCGGACAAUCCCUUGGCUGGAGAACAGAACCCAGGAGAAGACUGUAAAAGACUUGCAGGCCAAACAGGAGGACUUCAGAGACUACCGCACAGUGCACAAGCCACCAAAGGUCCAAGAGAAGUGUCAGCUGGAGAUCAGCUUCAACACUCUGCAGACAAAACUAAGACUGAGCAACAGACCUGCCUUCAUGCCGUCAGAAGGACGCAUGGUGUCUGAUAUAAACCUAGCGUGGCUCUCCCUGGAGGGAGCAGAGAAGGGCUACGAGGAGUGGAUCCUCAGCGAGAUCAGGCGUCUGGAGAGACUGGAGCAUCUGGCUGAGAAGUUCCACCAGAAGGCCGCCAUCCAUGAAUCCUGGACCGACGGCAAGGAGGCCAUGCUGACCCAGAAAGACUACGAGACCUCUACUCUGUCGGAAGUGAAGGCGUUGCUACGGAAACACGAGGCCUUCGAGAGCGACCUGGCGGCCCACCAGGACCGGGUGGAGCAGAUCGCCGCCAUCGCGCAGGAGCUGAAUGAACUGGACUAUUACGAUGCCGCCAGCGUCAACGCUCGCUGCCAGAAGAUCUGUGAACAGUGGGACUCUUUGGGAUCCCUGACCCAGAGGCGCAAAGAGUCACUGGAGAGAACAGAGAAGCAGCUGGAAACGAUAGAUGAGCUCUACCUGGAGUACGCCAAGAGAGCAGCGCCUUUUAACAACUGGAUGGAGGGAGCCAUGGAGGACCUACAGGACAUGUUCAUAGUUCACAAUAUCGAGGAGAUCCAGGGUCUGAUCACAGCCCACGAGCAGUUCAAGUCCACCCUGCCUGAGGCCAACAAGGAGCGCGAGGCUAUCCAGGCCAUCCAGGCUGAGGUGCAGAAGAUCGCCCAGAGCAACGGCAUCAAGCUGAGCGGAGCAAACCCCUACACCACCAUCACACCCCAGAGCAUCGACAGCAAGUGGGAGAAGGCGAUGGCCAUGGUGCCGCAGCGAGAUAACGCCCUGCAGGACGAGCUGAACAAACAGAACUCCAACGACUCUCUGAGAGCCACGUUCGCCACUCAGGCCAACACAGUCGGCGCCUAUAUCCAGGCCAAGAUGGAGGAAAUUGGCAGGAUAUCCAUCGAGAUGAACGGCACCCUGGAAGACCAGUUGACCAACCUGAAGGAGUACCAGAAGAGCAUCUUGUCCUACAUGCCUGAAAUCAACAAGCUGGAGGGAUACCACCAGCACAUCCAGGAGGCUCUGAUCUUUGACAACCAGUACACAUCCUACACAAUGGAGCACCUUCGUGUGGGCUGGGAGCAGCUGCUUACCACCAUCGCCAGAACCAUCAACGAGGUGGAGAACCAGAUCCUGACACGUGACGCCAAGGGCAUCAGCCAGGAGCAGCUCUACGAGUACCGGGCCUCCUUCAACCACUUCGAUAAGGACCACAGCGGGGGCCUGAAGGCAGAAGAGUUCAAGGCCUGUUUGAUCAGUCUGGGCUACGAUGUGGAGAACGACAAGCAGAAGCGAUCGGGUCAGAUGGUCUCAGAUGAUUUCCGGGCUCUGCUCAUUUCUACAGGAAACAGUCUGGGCGACGCAGAGUUUAAUCGCAUCAUGGGCAUUGUAGACCCCAACAGCACCGGCACGGUAACCUUCCAGGCCUUCAUCGACUUCAUGUCCAGGGAAACGACCGACACGGACACCGCAGACCAGGUCAUCGCCUCCUUCAAGAUCCUGGCUGGUGAUAAGAACUUCAUCACGGCAGACGAGCUGAGGAGGGAGCUCCCGCCAGACCAGGCAGAGUACUGCAUCGCUCGCAUGGCCCCCUACACGGGGCCCGACGCCGUACCCGGAGCCCUGGACUACAUGUCCUUCUCCACUGCCCUGUACGGAGAGAGCGACCUGUAGAGGAGGAGAGGGAAGGAUCGGCCAGAAGAUGGAGGGUUGGAGGGGAGUGGAGCGUUUCUGUGCGGUGCCCCUGAAUGAGCCGGUUUAAAAAGCCAGAAUAUUUUUACAACUCUUAGCCUGUUGAUUUAACUGUAGGUCCUGAAGGUUUAUAUGAACAGGCACAUCCAGGGGCAGCACUACGGGUCCUUGGUUUCACCCUCUGUUUUUUGUUGUUUGUGGUGUCAAACUGGGACGGAGGGGGGGGGGGGCAGCAAUUUGGACUGGGGGGUGGGAUCACAAGCUAAUCUGAUACUUAUGCUAAUUUUGUUUAUUAUAUUAUCAUUUGUUUCUUCUUGCCAGGGGAGAUGGGAGGUGAGGGGCGGGGUUUCACGAUAGCUGGCAAAGUCUGUGUAUUAGAUCCUAGAGAUAUAUGCUUGCGGGCUGAAAUGAACCCAUAUUGUUGCUGGAUGAGGUGACCUGUCUGACCUCAGCUCUUCCCCCUCCUCCCAGCUUUACUUCUUUAUUUCCAGGAGCGGGGGGGAGGCGUGGAAAACAUUCCCAGUCACUUAGAGGCACAGGUGGCAGUUUCCCAGUGACUUUGUUUAUAAAAUAAGAAAAAAGAUCAAAUUUAAAGGGCCGGUGACACACAGAGUAGUUUGACCGGGUUCCAUCAGUGAAGAUGUUUGAUCUUCUGGUUUUUUUUUUUCCUAUUUAAGGAAGGAGAAGAAACCACUUGUGUAAAAGCAGAUUAUGUUUUCAGCCAGGUUCCUGCUCACCAAUCUGAAAACUUGGUUUAAAACUCUGAAAUUACAGGAUAUAUCUUCCCACUGUGGAGACCUCAGCAGCUGCAAAUAUGCCCUCUGUCUCUCUUUCCCCCUACCUCCACUUCCCUAAUCUGUCUCUGAAGAGGAAAACUGACUCCCAGGAGGGGAGUAGUUAUCUAAAUGUUGCCCCCAUGUUGAAAUAACCAGAAUUAUAAGCAAACACACAAACUAUGCAAUCAUGUUGUGAUGAACCUCACAGGUCUUGUUCCAGAUGAUCCGGCCGCCUCAGGAGGAUGUUUCCCGUUUUAAAUUAGAGUAAUUUCUACCAAUAAUGAGGGAGGAGGGGGAGGCGGAGGGAGGGACAGAUGAAAUGGGGGAAGGAAAAGAAGCUUUCUGUCUCUUUUUUUUUUUUUGUGUUCCCCUGUUAGGUUGGAGAGAAAUGAACUCUGAAAUGGUGAUAAUUUUUUUCCUUUUUUUUUGUACUCUUUAAUAUCAAACCUUAUCUGCUGUACUGGAAACUGCAACGCCUUCUGUCUAAUGAUACAUGACUUUCACAAAGCACACAUAAAUGUUUCCUUACAAAAUA